GCAACAAACAUAAAUUCUCUCUUAUCUGUACUCUAUCUUUGUUGUCACCCACAGCCACCCUCUUUCCUCGAAAUCUUCCUCAUAUUUUCCCCUCACUUAAUUCUACUCCUUAUAAAUCCCCAUCUCAUCUGGUCAUUUUUCCACAGUACUACUCCAUCCCUCACAUCAAAAAUACACGUAAAGCUAGCUAGCUAGCUGCCCUUAAAUUUUAUAUAAUUGCUUUGGGUUCUUUUAUUUUCCCGUAUUAAUUGAAAAAUCGAUGGCUUGUCGAAAUGGGGUUGUGUUUGAAGAUUUCUUUCCUGCCAUGGUUGACAAAUUGGGAGCAGAAGGUUUCAUGAAGGAGCUCUGCAAUGGGUUCCGGUUGUUGAUGGACAGAGAGAAGGGCGUGAUCACAUUUGAGAGCUUGAAGAGGAACUCGGGCCUGUUGGGGUUGGAAGGCAUGAGUGAUGAGGAGAUCAUGUGCAUGCUGAGGGAAGGUGAUUUGGAUGGUGAUGGGAGUUUGAAUGAGAUGGAGUUUUGUACCCUCAUGUUCAGAUUGAGCCCUGCCAUGAUGCAAACUUCUAAGGAAUUAUUGGUGGAAGCUUUAGAUUUAGAUAGUGAAAUGUAGUCUCUCUCUCUCUCUCUUAAUGUGGGAAUUUCAUUUUCUUUGAAGUUCUUUCUUCUUCUUGCUUAUCUAUCUAUCUCCAUAACGAUCCUACUUAGUAAUUUCAGGUAGCUUACAAUAAUUAUUAGAGUCUUCUUCUUUA